CUCAAGUCCUAAACAACAUGGAUACGCCGGUAUUAAGAAUCGCAAUAUUUAUACUCAAUGUUCUGUUAUCAAACAAGGCUACUGCUGAGGAACCGAAAUGUUAUUCAAGGUUUGAUUACGAUGAAAAACUAAUUGAGAAAAUGAUUAGGGCGGAAAUUAAACUUGAAGAAUUUGCUAAAAGAAUGGACUUGAAUGAUGCUACGAUGGGUGAUUUAAGAACUGACUUUCGUAAUGAGAUUCAAUCGACGAAAGAAGAUGUCGCGACGGAUUUGAAUGAUUUCAUUCAUAAAUAUGUUUCUAACAUGACAGACGGCGGAUGGUCGGAUUGGUCGUCAUGGAAUAUGUGUCCUGUUACGUGUGGCGUUUCCAUGGUAACGAGAUCACGGUCAUGUGACAACCCAGCUCCAAGGAUGUUUGGUAGACAGUGCAUGGGAAACGACAAGGAGUGGAAGACCUGUGAAGUUUUAAAAUGCCAAGGUCAGUCUAUGCAGAAGGUCGCGUUUUAUGCUAGCAUUAAAGUCGAUAUUGAUGGAACGAGUGCUAACAAGCCCUUCGUGUUUAAUAACGUGAUAACCAAUGUCGGCGGUGGGUAUGAUCCAUCAACAGGAGUGUUUACAGCCCCAACCGACGGCUUGUUUGUAUUUUCCCUGACUGUGAGACAAUGGUCAAGUUCAAGUAAGGGGAAUGAAGGGCAUUUCAGCAUCAAGAAAGGAGAUAUCGUUGUAAUGAGAGUGUACCCCGAUAUGCACAGUAAGGAUCAUGAGUUUGACACUGCUUCCGGAACAACCGUGCUGGAAUUAAGUAAGGAGGACACCGUGUAUGCAGUUGCUGAUAAUAGUGGUAAAUACAUUGAAGGCAGUGAGGGCUUUAGCACCUAUUUCUCUGGAUACCGGAUUGGAUAGAUAAUGAUUGUUGGAAGUUUCAACGUUAUCCUCCUUAAAUGAGUUAAUAUUAUUUAAUGUCAUUGUGCUGACUGUUACAUGCAUUAUACUAGUUAAUGUCCGUUAAGUUUUUGCAUGAGCCUGUCUAUAUGUUUUGCAUUUUAAUUUAAGACGAUCAUAAUGUGCUUUCUUAAAUACUUUACCAGAUUAAAUCAAGCAUCUUCAAAAAGGAUUAACACAAGACGUUCAUAACGUACUUCUAUACAUUUUGUUUGAAAACACCGCACAGAUUUUCGAUUUGUCACAGUAUGUUACAUAAUAUGUUUUCAAAACGUGUUUGUCUUUGUUGUAUAUACUCGAAUAAUUCAUUGAGGGCUGUAUGGAGUUCAGUACCUAUUUUAUUUGAUAACGAGUUGAGUAGAAACAAAUAUUGGAGUUUGCAAUGCUGAUCACAUUAAAGAAGUUGAUAUUAUUCAAUGCACGUGUACUGAUUAUAAAAUGUAUUAUACUUGUUUAUUUAUUUCCAUCAGGAUUUAACCUUUAAAAACGUGUUAAUCUAUGUAUUGUGUACCCAAUCAAUAAUAUAAUUAUAGAUUACACAGUAGGAAAUGAAUUAUGUAUGUUCUGUGCUCAUAUGUUUUUUGAUGAACAGAACAUAGCAAACAAAUUAAAAAUCACAAAUUUCACCAACAAGUUUGUCUUCAUAACAAGAGUUGCUUUAAAUCAACAGUAUCAUUAUAACAAGAGUUGCUUUAAAUCAACAGUAUCAUUAUAGCAAGAGUUGCUUUAAAUCAACAGUAUCAUUAAAGCAAGAGUUGCUUUAAAUCAACAGUAUCAUUAUAGCAAGAGUUGCUUUAAAUCAACAGUAUCAUUAUAGCAAGAGUUGCUUUAAAUCAACAGUAUCAUUAUAGCAAGAGUUCCUUUAAAUCAACAGUAUCAUUAUAGCAAGAGUUGCUUUAAAUCAACAGUAUCAUUAUAACAAGAGUUCCUUUAAAUCAAUAGAAUCAUUUUAGCAAGAAUUGCUUUAAAUCAACAGUAUCAUUAUACCAAGAGUUCCUUUAAAUCAACAGUAUCAUUAUAACAAGAGUUGCUUUAAAUCAUCGGUAUGUUAAUCACAAGAGGUGGUUUAAAUUAACAGACUGAGUAUCAUUAUAACAAGAGUUGCUUUAAAUCAACAGUAUCAUUAUAACAAGAGUUGCUUUAAAUCAACAGUAUCAUUAAAGCAAGAGUUGCUUUAAAUCAACAGUAUCAUUAUAACAAGAGUUGCUUUAAAUCAACAGUAUCAUUAUAACAAGAGUUGCUUUAAAUCAACAGUAUCAUUAUAACAAGAGUUGCUUUAAAUCAACAGUAUCAUUAUAACAAGAGUUGCUUUAAAUCAACAGUAUCAUUAUAGCAAGAGUUGCUUUAAAUCAACAGUAUCAUUAUAACAAGAGUUGCUUUAAAUCAUCGGUAUGUUAAUCACAAGAGGUGGUUUAAAUUAACAGACUGAGUAUCAUUAUAAAAAGAGUUGCUUUAAAUCAACAGUAUUAUUAUAACAAGAGUUGCUUUAAAUCAACAGUAUCAUUAUAACAAGAGUUGCUUUAAAUCAACAGUAUCAUUAAAGCAAGAGUUGCUUUAAAUCAACAGUAUCAUUAUAGCAAGAGUUGCUUUAAAUCAACAGUAUCAUUAUAACAAGAGUUGCUUUAAAUCAACAGUAUCAUUAUAGCAAGAGUUGCUUUAAAUCAACAGUAUCAUUAUAGCAAGAGUUGCUUUAAAUCAACAGUAUCAUUAUAACAAGAGUUCUUUUAAAUCAACAGUAUCAUUAUAACAAUAGUUGCUUUAAAUCAACAGUAUCAUUAAAGCAAGAGUUGCUUUAAAUCAACAGUAUCAUUAUAGCAAGAGUUGCUUUAAAUCAACAGUAUCAUUAUAACAAGAGUUGCUUUAAAUCAACAGUAUCAUUAAAGCAAGAGUUGCUUUAAAUCAACAGUAUCAUUAAAGCAAGAGUUGCUUUAAAUCAACAGUAUCAUUAUAACAAGAGUUCCUUUAAAUCAACAGUAUCAUUAUAACAAUAGUUCCUUUAAAUCAACAGUAUCAUUAUAACAAGAGUUCCUUUAAAUCAACAGUAUCAUUAUAACAAGAGUUCCUUUAAAUCAACAGUAUUAUUAUAGCAAGAGUUGCUUUAAAUCAACAGUAUCAUUAUAACAAGAGUUGCUUUAAAUCAACAGUAUCAUUAUAGCAAGAGUUGCUUUAAAUCAACAGUAUCAUUAAAGCAAGAGUUGCUUUAAAUCAACAGUAUCAUUAUAACAAGAGUUGCUUUAAAUCAUCGGUAUGUUAAUCACAAGAGGUGGUUUAAAUUAACAGACUGAGUAUCAUUUUAAAAAGAGAUGCUUUAAAUCAACAGUAUCAUUAUAACAAGAGAUGCUCUAAAUCAACAGUUUCAUUAAAACCAGAGUUGCCUUAAAUCAACAGUAUCAAUACAACAAGAAUUGCUUUAAAUCAACAGUAACAUUUUUACAUAAGAAACAUUAUAAAAUAGUAAUUAAGAGUAAUAUUACAGCAAAAUUUACAUUAUAACAAGAGCAACAGUAUAACAUUGUUUACAUGAUCACAAUAGUAACCUAUUAGCUAUUGUAACAUUAAAACCAGAGAUAUAUUUAAAAAAAAUAUUAACAUUAUAACAAUAGUAACAUUACAACAAGAGUAGCUUUAUAACAAGAUCGAUAUUGUUACAAGAGUAACAUUAUAAUAAUAGUAACAUCAACACAAGAAAUAAAUAUAACAAUAGAAGCAUAAAUUACAAUAGUAGCUUUGAAACAACGUGUUUUCAACACGGGCAACUUGGAAAUACUGAUCAACAUCUCUGGGUUUAUAAAUAUUGUAAUAUGUUUAAUCAUUUUUUUAUUUAAAUUGCUUUUUACAUUCAUAGUAUUUCAAUUAUUACUGGUACAUAAAUAAACUGCACUCUUAUAUCAUGCUUGUAAAUUUGUAAUAUGUAAUGUUAUACUAUGAUCUGUUAAAUGCAUACAUAUUGUUGAAUAAAUCCAAAAUAAAGUGUUAAAAAAUAAAACUGUAAUAUCUUAAUACCAGUGUAAUCUAAUUAUAUUAACAAUGAUAACUUUACGCAAUUUUUCUUGUUGUUGUGUUACGUUAUGGCUAUGUCAAAUUGGUGCAUACAAUGUUCAAAAUAUUUUUUGAACGCAUUCAUUUGUCAUUCAAUCUUUUGUGCUAAUCUUAAUAUAUAUUAUGCACGAAACCUGUUAUUUCGAUUUUAUCCGAUCGAUUAUGAUACACCCUUUCGAUUCGAUCAUCGCUUUUAAAAUGUGUCCAGUUAUCCAACAUUAGGACUGUUGCAUGCUUAGUGAAAACUUUAUUACUUAAAGUUAUAAGUGAUUUCCCCUGACUGCGAUGGCCCGGAUUUAACCCUCCAUAGUAUGAUAAAAAAUAAAGCGCACUGAUGUUUGUUUUUGUUUUGGAUGACUUCACACGGUUUGUGGCUUUCUAUUUCGUCUGUUAACAGUUCUAUUUUAAGAUUGUGGGAAUUCAGUUCUUGGCAUUGAUAUCGCUACAUCUUGUUUUUGUUAUGGGCAUGUAUUCAUAUGGUUCAGGCAAUACACUGUUGAGCUGAAUUCAAUGAUUCCCAGAAGAAAUCAUUAAAAGAAACAAGAAAGGAUGGAAGGAAGGCAAAACCUUUUUUGUUUAAGUAUCGUCAAUGAAAUGCACCUUUAACUAUGUUUGAAAAAAAUGAGUAUAGUAUUCCAGGUGUAUAUAAAGAUGUAUCUGUGAAAUAAAUUGAUAUUAUUGAAGAAUUUAAUUAUAUCCUUGAUAAAGCAUUUCACUAAAACUAUCCCAUUUUUUGAAAGUAUCCGAUGUACAAAUAUGUCAUUUCAUUUAACCCUUCAUGAUAUUUCUUGGUGAAUACAAUAUACAUGCAAUAUAAUUUAAGUUGAUUACCGAUCUGUAAAAUGCAAAAUACAUCAAGGCAAUCUGUUUUGUCGUUGUUAGAUCGCAAUAUAUUUCACCGAGUGAUACCAAAAGCUAUGAAUGCAUUGUUUACUUAUGGUGAUCACGGGAAAAAUAUAAUUAUUGCGAUCUUAUACUGAAACAAACAAUUGUUUUCAUAUGAUAUGCGUAGAAAGGAUUUUGAAUGACAUUCAAUAACAUUUUUACCGAAAAUGCGCAAAAUUUAAUAAGAAAUUAACGUUAUUCGGAAAUAAUGUAAUAAUGUCCAUUUGUCAACUAUUUCAUAUCUGCGGCUUCGCCUUUAUUAAACAUUUCUAAUGAGAAAUAGCAAACCAUUUUAGAUGAAACAAACACCUUUAAAUUAAAUAAAAAUAAAAAUACUUAUGCGUGAUUCUAAUUUGAUUGGACAGUCAUAAUUAAACACUAUGGAAACAGAUAUAAUAUCAAGAUAUCUAAUCUUCGCAGAAUAUUACGUCCGUUCCUAUGACAACAGUACAGAGGAAAGAAGCAUUUUAAUAGAACGUGACAUUUGACUUUUAGACUAGGACUGAUUCAAGCAGUGUGAACAUCGGGAGAAUCAGAAGCGGUGUCCACAUUGUGUAGGCUUACAUCUCGGUCAAUCAAAAUGCUUACACUGUGUACACCACUUUAAAGGCUUUUGAUUGACCGAGAUGACUUGCAAAAAUCCCUUGAUCCGCAAUAUAGUUAUUACUUUUACAUACUUUUGUUUCACUCUUUUUUAAACUUCAUUCUCUUAUGGAGUGUACGUUGUUUAAACAAUAUUUCCUAGAAAUAAAAUUAAGAAAAAACAUGUACGUGAGUCUAAUUAAUAAGUUUAAGUUAUUAAUCAACUACAUUUGUUGCUCAAGAAAAUGAAUCUUUAGAAUGAUGAGCAAUGAUGUUUAUCAACAUAAUGAAUAAGAGAAUGCGCUUUUUUAAAAACGAAAUCAUUAUUAAUCUUGAAUCUAGAGUUGAGCUUCAGAUUGAGAAAUAACUUAUUUUCGUGUAGUUCAUAAAAGUGAGUUUUAUAUUUAAGUGUACACCUUAUGUCCAAUUAAGACAAACUUAUAGUAAAGGUUACUAUAGAAUUAGACCUAUUAUGUUUAAACUUGUGCAACUGCUUAAUACACAGAACACAUAUGAAACCUUUAUGUUCAGGAAAUAUAUAUAUCGGAAGCAUUUAAGGUGCGUUCUACUUUAUUAAUGAAUCUAUAGUUAUAAGCCUUGAUACACAUAUUUAUCUCAAGCAGUAGUAUGCUUUGUUAACAUUUGUAACUAUGUGUUACAAUUUAUGUUAAUGUAUACAAUGUUAGUCUGUUUUAAUGUAAGAAAUUGAUCAAUUGAAUAUCAUUUGUUCCAACAUAUAGUAAAUAAAAAGCAAACUAUUGGUUAUUGUAUUGUAAACUAUUAUAGUUUGAUAGAUUUGUGAUUUACUAUUCCAGUUCAUUCUUAAACAUAGAUUGAUUAUGAUAUUGAUUUAGUAUUUUACACUACAUUGUAUAUUUGUAAUAUAUUUAAUAUGUAUAUGAAACACAAAAAAACUGUAUAGUUUAUGUGUAAUAAAUUCUGUUCUGUU